CUUUGCCCCAUGGCCAUGGCCCUUGGCAUAUGCCCGGAUGACGAUUGUAUUCAUUUGCAUGGACUCGUCUGCCCCGCUUGUGGUCGCGCACAUCUGCAUCCUUACGCACCUGAAGAACACGAUGCUCAAACCAAUGCCUGUUACGAACAGCUGGCCCGCGAGCAUGAGCAACAAGACGUAGAGGAGCGGAGCAAGGCGAUUGACUGCUGCAUCUGCAUGGAACCAGUCUUGGAAAAGCCCACGGCCUCACAGAGGCGGUUUGGGAUUUUGCCAAACUGCGACCACGCCUUUUGCCUUCAAUGCCUGCGUGAAUGGCGUGCCAAGCACGAACAGGGGAGCGCUGUCCGCUCCUGCCCCAUUUGUCGAACUAUCUCCUAUUUUGUCGUCCCCUCCAGUGUGUGGGUCUUUUCACCAGAGGAAAAAGCAGCUGUCAUCGCCGGAUACAAGAGCAAAAUGUCGGCUAUUGACUGCAUGCACUUCCAGAUGGGCGCUGGCUCGUGCCCCUUUGGCAACUCUUGCUUCUACCGCCACCGCUAUCGGGUUCGUCUCGCUUGGUCAGCUUCGCUGAUCCAGUCCUGUCUGCCAAUGCGGUUGCGACAUGGCUCUUGCUUUGUGUGA